AUGGAAUUGUUAACAGAACGUUACUUUCAAAAACCACUAAGAUUAAGUCAUAGUACAUCAAAUCUACCAGAUAUACUGAAAUCAUCCACUUCAAGAUAUGCAGAAAAAUUUGAUGAUCUUACCGAAGGCAGUUUUCCAGCUUUGUAUACACACAGGAGUGUAAAAUCGUUUGCUCCAUGGCGUCCUAAAUCACAUUUUUCACCGGAUCGAUUAUCUUAUCAUAAUGGGAUUCAAUCGUCAAGACUUGGUCCGAUAGUCAAUGUUAUGGGUGAAACUUCAAGACUGCAUGAAUUAGAAGGCCUAAAAAUACCGUCUAUUUAUUCCGCUGCACGUAAUGCGCUAUACACAAGGUAUACACCAGCUGAUUGGAAUAAGGGUAAUGCUUUACAACUGACAAAUUCUGAACAAGCAAGAAAGCGAGCUGAAUAUAUACGCGAGAAUGGAACACGUCUGGGUAUUGAGUCGGAAGACAGAGUGAGACGUGCCCAGCAAGAAGUUAGCAAGUUACUUGGUCAAAGAAUUAAUGAUAUCAAUUACAUGAAACAUGAAUUACACAAUGAAUUAGAUGCCCUAGUCAAUGAAAUGAAUAAAUUAAUUGAAGCAAAAAGAAUUGCUGAAAAAGCUUAUGCUGAAACAGAGAAUCCACUGCAUAUUACACAAGAAUGUUUAUAUCAUCGAGAGAAACGUCAAUCGACUGAUCUUGUACAUGAUCAACCAGAAAUAGCACUUUUAAAGGAGAUUGACUCAAUCAAAAGUUGUCAAGAUCAAAUAAAAAAUGUUAUCAAUCGAGCAACAGCUCAAAUUGGACUCUGUAGGGCUGUUCAACAUGAAUUGGAGCAGGAUAGUUCAGACAAAUUUAAAGCAUUACAAUUGGAUCAGCUGGCGCAUCAACUAAGGAAUUCAUCUGCCAAUAUUUCAAUGUAUGGUGAUAUUGAGAAAUUCGAAAAAUGGAUGAGUGUACCAGAAAAAUGGGUUGAGCAUACAAGUGCUAAUUUAAAACGUUCUCAAGCAGAACGUGCAACAAGCCAAUCAAUACGUGAAGAAAUAGAACAUUGUUUAGGCUCAGUAUUCAGUAGAAUUCGUGAUAUAUGGUCUUCAACUAAUGCAAGUUUAUCACAACGUGUACAAGAAAUUAUGGAUGCUAAGAAUAGAGUACAAAUUCAAUUGGAAAAAGUUAAUCAAGAAAUAUUUGAUGUUGAAAAGAACAUGGAAUAUUUGAAAAAGUGUAUCGCUGAUAAACAAGCACCUCUGAAAGUGGCUAGAACACGAUUGGAAUUGCGCAACAGACGUCCAAAUAUUGAAUUAUGUCAUGAUGAUCCACAUGGAAGGUAA